CCAGCUCGGUUCUCCGCCUCACAAUUCCUUAUCCCUCUCAUCUCAAUUCUUCCGAGUUCCAGUUUCCGAUGGAAAGCUGAAGGCCCAGGGGAUUUCGGACAAAAUGAGCUUGUCAAUCUCAACGCCUCCUGGCAGCUGUCAUGCCUCGGGUCUCCAUGUGGCUUCUCCGGUUCUUGCGAACAUAAAGUUGUCGGGGUUCCAUUCCAUCCCUGCACUCGACAGAACCAACUUGUCACGCUCUGUAGUACGCUACAAGGUAUCUCCCCGGGCAACUUCGGAUGAAACAAACACACAAGCGGUUGGUGAGCAGCUGUCGGAAGAGCUAAAAGCGGAAUCCACCGUGGAAAGCACGGUCUCCAGUCGACCCGCCUCUUCUGCUUCUAUCGACAAGGAUAUUAAAAAGGUUGUUCAAAAGACUGCCUCAACUUUUGCACCAAGGGCUUCCACGGCCUCAAAGAAUCCUGCCGUCCCUGGAACUGCCUUGUAUACUGUUUUUGAGGUUCAAGGGUAUGCCUCAAUGUUGUUAGGUGGAGCUUUGUCCUUUAACCUCUUAUUCCCAUCAAAUGAACCAGAUAUCUGGAGGUUAAUGGGAAUGUGGUCUAUUUGGAUGUUUACAAUCCCUUCACUAAGAGCUCGAGACUGUUCAAAAAAUGAGAAAGAAGCGCUGAACUAUCUGUUUCUUCUAAUCCCAUUGCUCAAUGUUGCAAUCCCAUUCUUUUGGAAGUCCUUUGCCGUUGUUUGGACUGCAGACACGAUAGCUUUCUUUGGAAUGUAUGCGUGGAAGUUUGGAUGGCUGCAGAGAACGGAUUAGGGAAAUCAACGUGGUGGCUACCAUUCAGACCUCAGAUAUUUUGCGUAGCAACUUUCUCUUGAAUCACAUUUGUAUACUACUCGCAGUGAUGAUGAAUUCAUAAUAUCGUCUCCUAGGAAAGCAAGAUCUCGUAAACGUGAUACCUGUCAAAUGACAGAAUGAUAUAGCCUUUAAUAAUUUUGACAUUCUACAGUUCGCCA